UCUUGCGGGCCCGUGAGGCAGCCCUCCCGAUCGCAUCCUGGUCACGGACUCGCGGGCCCUUGUGAGCUGCUUCUCUCUCCUUUGCUCUCCCUCUAACCCUAGCAUUUCCAUCUCCAAUACCGUAUGCUAGUGAUUCAAAUCGCUUCACCGGCAGACAUACGCCUACCUGUUCGACGAAAUGCCGCAGUGACUAAAACCCUCUUGUCUUCACUUUCCUCCUACAUAUGUCCCGCAGGUGACGCGAUGCUGCGCAGCUUCCCUCAGGCCCGUCCGCUCCUCAGGAGGAUGGGGUUCGACAAGAGGGAUGCCUACUUCUUUAAGCAGAUGGGCAAGGGCAUGCUCUGCACCUACGCGCUUCUCGGCGCAGCAUGGCUCUGGAAUGACACGUCGCCGCUUGGUUGGCGGACGCUCAAGCCACGCCCCAAGGAAGAAAAAGAGAUGGCACAUCUUUAUGAGCACAGGGAGUUUCCCUACCCUGGUGAUGAAGAGGCAGUUGAGGAGUUCAUAAAAAGUGAGGGUGCUCUAGGUACCACGAUCGGGCCCAAAGGUUUUGCGGAUACAAAUGUGGACUCUGAUAACAUGCAGAAGCAACUGCAGUCGAAAAAGUUCGACCAGGAGGCACAAAACCUCUGGUUCCGAAUGAGGAAUGAGGUUGCACAUGAACUACAAGAGAAGGGAUUUGGUGUUGAAUGAAGUUUUAUUCUUCUGAAAGGAGAAGAGAAAUGCUGUCAUGCUAGAGUUAUCUUUGGAUCGUCUCAGCUCUGCUAAUUGACACAGCAGCUGGUAACUUAGAAUAAAUGCAAAUAUUAAACAUGGAGCUUAUGCUACGAUUAUCCUCCUUUUUCCCGCUACCUGCCUGGGCUAUAUCUUAUUCCAUGGCAAAUGUCUUUGCAGAGCAUCUACGUUGUGUCUGUUAGGAAUGAGCAACUAAGCUUUACUGAGGGCCAAUGGCCAAUACAUAUACAGAUGUGGUAAAGUGCAGAAAAGUCCCUUAUACAAUGGGGAUGUACACAAUGAACUAUACACAUACACAUCUAACACCCCCCCUCAAACUCAUGGUGGAUCAACAACACUGAGUUUGGAGAGGAAAAACCCAUGCUGAGCUCGAGUCUGUGCCUUCGUGAAGAAGUCAGCCAACUGUAACUCCGAGGGCACAUAGUGAAGAGCGAGAGUCUGAUCCUGC